AUGAUUUUGUUACCCUAUCAGUAUGGAUUGAUAAAAAUUAAUGGUAAAUUUUUUUCUAUUUUUUCGGGUCUUAUGUUAGUCUUUAAAAAAAACAAUGCUCAAUUAUUUACGCUUCAAAAAUCUCAUCAUAAAUCAAGGGAAUCAAAAUUUGGAUAAGAUCUUGUACCUGAAUCUCCCACAUGUUCAAACACAUGUUAUUAAUCAAGGCUUCUAUUCAAAAGCAUAAUAGAGCUUUUCCCAGAAUCCAACCCAAGUUGUUCAAUCUGGUGGACUGGAAAUGUCUCCGAAAUGAUAAUCAUCGACAAUUUCAAGACAGUCAAGCCACUUUACAUUGCCUCACUUUGCUAUUGGCAUUUCGUAUACUCACUUUAUGUCGGAAUUGGAGGAGUUGUGAUAGAACGACUUGCUGCAACUUAUUUUAUCAAGGAUUACGAGCAGAAAUCGAGGAAAUAUAUUCCGAUAAUUUUAAUUGGAACAUCGCAUUUAUUUUCAAUUCCAUUUGCUUUGCAAGCAAUCGAAUAUCAAAUAUCAUUUGCAAUUGUUCUUGGACUAAUUGUUGUUCUCAUGGUUUUUCUAUUUAUCGUAAGUUGUUUUGAAUAAUGGAAUACGAAAUAUUCUUUCAGACAUACUUUGUUGUCUUACGAAUCAAUCAACAAAUCGUGAAUUCCUACACUUUAAGUGAGCGCUUUCAAGUUAUCGAAAAUCUCCGAGCUCUCGUAAUCAUUCGAAAAUUUGUAAUAUUAUUUGUGGUCUACAAACUUCUGGCUUGUAUCCUCUUUUUCCUCCUAGUCUUCAAAUAUAUUACCUAUUAUGCCGGAUUUUUGAAUCAUAUUUUGGAAAGUGUCAUCUACAUGUGAGACGAAAUCCACAAUUUUUAAAAUUAAUUAAGAAAAAAUAAUUUUUUUAGGUGUCCAAUGUGUUUCAGUGUUGGAAUAAUGAAUUGUGCCGAUUCUUGGAAUCGAGAAUUCUGGAGUUUUCUGCCAUCAAUAUUCACUCGUAAGAAUGUGGUUUAUGAUGCUAGACCUAACAAGAAAAUAGACGCAACUGAUAUGUACUUUGAACAAUUGGCUAAUUCAUGGCAAUAA